AUGGCUUCAGCCCAUCAGUCUCGUUAUUAUGAACAGUCCCAGAGAGAAGAACGAGGCCUAGCUACGCAACAACACGAAGAAAGUUUACGUGAUAUGGAACAGAUUCGCCAUGCUGGAUCAGAUGCUUUUCGUGCUCAAACAGAACAAGCAGCAAUUCGAAUUGUUACUCCCCAUUAUAAAAUACCUGAAAAACCUGGGACAGAUGUCCAAAUUGGUUCUAGUCUUCAAGAUUUAAGUUCUAAAUUAACUGAUGCUGCCGAUUAUAGAGCUGAACGUGCAGCAGAGCAUUUUAGAAUGCAAAUUAUAGAUCCUAGAGUUGCUUCUCAUGCACACAUUCCCGCUCAUGCAAUUCGAGAUUAUGCUCGUCGCCAUUUAAUUGAUGAUUUUCCUUCAUUACACGGCAAACGUUCUUUUCUCGAUUUGGAAGCUUUGGACCAAUUACGAAUUCGGCCAAAAGGAAAACUUGGAGACGCUACAGAUAGAGACAAAGAUUUGGAUAAAUUUUUGAAAAAUAGGGAUGGAAAGCCUUGGGAAUUGGCACAUCCCCCUAAAGUUGAUGACGAUUCAUUACGUGAAUUGGAUCGAUUGCGUAAUUCUUCCUUUCAUCGAAGUAAAUCUUUGAGUGAAUUACAUGAAGCAAUUACUGAACAAAUGAAUGAAAAAACUAAAUUAAUUAAAGAAUUAAAUGAAAAAGAAAAGAAAGAAAAAAAUGACAGAAUUUCUAGUAUGAUCAAUUUACUAAAUGCGCAGCAGGCAAAUGAAAAGGUAAAUUUUAAAAAUAAAGAAAAACUCAAAAAUUAUUUAAAAUAA